AGGAAUUCAGACAGAGAUUUUCCUAGGAAUUUGACAUUGGAAAUAUCUUCAAUGCAACCACUAAUUGCAUAGGGGCCAGCAGGAUGUAAAUACAUGUGAGAUGGGUGUCUGUAGAUGCAUUUCAUCUAUGUGAGGCCUUAAGAAACUCCAACUUGAAAGAACAACUUUCUCCAUAGUGCAGCUUUAUGACAACUGAAUGUGUUCUUCGUUCCUCAGGAAAAAGGAAUUGCAGCAAUUUCAGAUUGCAGCUUUUUAACAUGGAGCGGAAUUCUGAGCAAAAAUCUUCCUCUGUUCCCAAUUAUUUGAAUCUUCAAAGUUCUUCAGCCAGAUUGCAGCCAAGAAGAGAGCAAACUACCCCGACAAACAAUGAACAAAUAAAGCCCCCAGAUCAAUCAACAGCAAGUUUAAGGGUUGUACAAACUGCUUCUGCCCUAUCUUUGCAUCAGAAUAUUCCUGCUCUUUCUUGUACAGAUGAAAGGUUAAGUACUGCUGAACAGCAAGGAAGAACAAUUAUGCCUGCCCAUGAGAGUCCUUUUCAUGUCACUGAAGACCUAGAUAAAGAAAAGGAUAUUGCAUUCCUCUUAAAGGAAUUGGAUGUUCUAAGGGCAAACAAUAAAAAGCUUCAGGAUAAGCUGUCUGAAAAGGACAAGGAGCUGAAGACAAUAAAGUUGGACUUAGAGCUGCAUGAGAGAGUGACAGAAGCGAAGAUUGCAGAAAAGGCUGCAGCUUUGGUUCAGGAAGUUCAUUCUGCACAACGGGAACGUGAUGAUGCCAUCAUGGCAAGACUGAAGUUGGCCAAUGAAGAGAGAGAUGAUGCAUGGAAACGAAUAAAAUCAUUGGAGCAAUCUUUUGAAACGCUAGAAAAUAUUAACCCUGAAGAAAAUGACAUGACAUUACAGGAAUUACUGAACAGAAUAAACAAUGCAGACACUGGGUUGGCAAUACGUAGGAGCGGAGCUAUAAUUGUCGACCGAAUAUACAGGAUCCAGGAACGGAAAAAGAAAAUAACAGCUGAAGAAAUGAAUGCAGUGAUCGAAGAACGAGAUACUGCAGUGGCUCAAUGCAAACGGCUGGAGCAGGAGCUUCAUCAUAUGAAAGAGCAGAACCAGACUUCUGCAAACAACACGAGACAUCUGACUGCUGAAAACAAUCAAGAACGUGCUCUGAAGGAAAAAUUGCUGUCUAUGCAACAAGAGAGAGAAGCUGUUGUUCAGCAGUAUAAAGACCUAGAAGAAGAGCUUCAGACCCUUCGUAUUUAUUAUAGCUUACAUCAAUCUUUGUCUCAAGAAGUGAACCUUAAGGAUCAAUUCAAUUCUGCUCUUCUGACUUACGAAAAAGUUCUGAAGAACAGAGAGGAUAUUGUAUCCAUGCUUCUUCACCAGAAUGAGGAGCUAGCAACCCAGCUUCAGCAAACAGUAGAAGAGAGAACAAACAUGGAAUUAAAGUUUCAACAAGCUUUAGAGGCUUCACAACAAGACAACGAGAAACUUCAAACGUUGCAAAGGCUGGUUGACGUUCUGAGGAAGAAGAUUGGAGCGGGGACCAUUAGGACGGUGAUCUGAUAGAAAACUCCAGUCUAGAGAAAGCAUUCACAUCUGGUGACCAGGCUGCUUCAUUCAGCACUGUGUAAACAUGAAAGCCUUAACUUAGCAAACAGUUGUUAGAAGUGGGACACUCCAACGACAUUCCAAGCCAAGAUAAAAUCAAAUCAUAAAUGUUUAACCACUUGGCUGCCGAGUUCUGUGAUUUGUGCAGAAGUAUCCUGAUGAACAUUUAUUUACCUUUGUAGCAGAUCUAUUUUGGUAUAGUUAGUCAGCCUUUGGAAGGGAGUGUGUGUAUAUGUGUACAUGUGCAUGUGUUUACAUGCAGUUAUACACAAAGAUGUGUAGAUAAUUCUAUGGACAAUUGUUUCUUUACAGAGUGCAGUCUUACUAAGCAAAAUGUUGUUUAGUCUUGCUCUUUCUGCCUAACUGAAGGUGCAAAAUUUUUAGAGCAUUUUUGAACUGUAAAUAUACUGGGUUGAAUAGAAGUAAUUAAAUUAGCUAAUGAUCCUGAAUGUCAUCCCACCAAAAUGAUAGGCACAGGUAAGAGGCAUCCAGAAUCAAGAAUUAUCUGUAGAUAGUAUUUUGUUAAUUGCUAUGUUUUAUAUUUAGGUACACUUAUAUAGUUAUCCUUCUGUAUCCCUGUUCACAGAUUCAAUGGCUUGAAAAUAUUAUAUAUAUAUAAAUUCCAAAAAACAAACCUUGAUUUUGCCAUUUUUAUAAAAGGGACAGUCUUCAGCAUCCACAGAUUUUGUUAUCCAUGGGGGGGGGGGGGCUUGGAGCCAAAUCUCAGCAGAUACCAAGGGCCCACUAUAUUCCCUCAAUGCUAUAAUGAUUAAUGAGAACUCUCUAUGUGCACAUAUGCAUAUAUAUCUGAAGGAGAGAUAUAUGUGGUUAAUGGUUUAUUGAAUUACGUAGAUGCCUUUCUCUAGGAAAAACUGAUGUCAUCAUAGCACAAUUAAAAUACACAAGAGUUAGAAACAGUACAAACUAUUAAAACUACAUAUUGCUCAGGAAUAACAAAUUAUUAGAAGUAUUCAACUGGCAUGAUGCUCAUAUUUAAAACCUGGCUGGUCACAUCCCAUGAAAUGCCUUGGAAUUGAGAAACAUCUUAAUCUGGUGCUGGAAAGAUGGUAAUGUAGGGGCCAAGUCGCCCUCACUGAGUAGCAUAUUCUACUGAUAGGUCCGACAACCAAAAAGAAAAAAACCCUCUUCCUUGUUGGCGCCAUCUAAUCUUAUCUUGGAGGAAGUACUCAAGGGCUUCAGACAUUGACCUUAGGAUAUUGACAGGCUCAUGGCAGGAGAGAUGUUCCACCAUGUACUUUAAUCCUAAACCAUAUAGGAUUCUGUGGAUCAAAAUCAGAACUUUGAUUCAGAAAUACAUUGCCUCACAGUGCAACUGUGUUCCGAUGUAUGUUCAGGCCUUCUGAGCCAUGCGGUCAAUCUGACUGUUCUUUCAAUUUCCCAAGCCAUCUUCAAAAGGCAGCUGGACAUAUAGGGCACUGAAAGGUAUUAACCUGGAGUUACCCAAGUAGAGAUCACUAAGAUAGCUAGGCUAUCUCUAUCCAAAUGGAGAUGUGCCACUAUGGCCAUCUCAGUUUUAGACAUACAAAUUGUGUGGUUGCGUAGAUAGAGAGAGAGAAAGAAGAAGGGGAAAUUCGAGUUUUCAAAAAUAUAUCAUUAAAUAUAAUUUUAUAUAUCAGCAUAGGAGAAGGCAUUUCCCAUUACAGUAAAACACACACACACACACACAUUUAUCAGAAUGUGGGUAGUUUGUUGAUACUGUCUCAAGGUGUACAAAAGCAUGUGUUCAUGUAUCUAAUGAAUUCCAUGUAAAACAGUCCUUGUUUUGAAUCUUCUUGGUAAAUGAACAGCCAUUUGAUUAACCUCUGAUAAGAAAUGAUUGUCAGUGUUAGUUUCUUGUCAUUCAGAAUUGCCCAGCCAAUCUAUUUCAUUAGCUCCUUUUGAUUAUGUUACUGAUUUUUUAUGGUGUUUCUGAAUUUCAAAAUACUGAAAUGAAAAAUGAAGAGUAGGAUGAGGAGGAAAUAAAUCCCAUGUUAUACCUAUUUUCUGUGCAUCAUUUAUUCAUGUUACCUUUUAUUUCUGUCUUGCUAAGUUGAGUUAUCUAGCAUUUACCUUUGUGUGUGUUUGUGUGUGUGUGCUCACAACCUCCUCAGUUUGUUUUAUGCAUCCAAAGAAGUAGGUUAAAGAAGCAGGUGCUCUUGAAACUACAAUAAAACAUC